AUUAAUAUACAAAAGAUUUCUAAAACAAUGAUCAGUAUUAAUGUUAUAUGGAAGAAGCUACUUCUUAUAAUAAAAUAAAUUUGAAUGCAAAACUUAAAGUUUUCAAAGCUGCAGUUAAAUCAAUUAUAGAUUAUGGUGCACAGGUUUGGGGAGGUUGUGGAUAUAAAGAAGUGGAAAAAGUUCAGUACUAUUUUAUUAAAAGAUAUAAAUUUACCCAUAUAUACAUCUGCAUAUAUUAUUCAUAUAGAAAUUAACACCGUUGUAUCUAGAAAAUGUAAAAGCGCACUAUAAUUAUAUAUAUAUAUAUAUAUAUAGGUUACCCAAAAUAA